UUCGCUCCGGUGUCCAUUUGUGUGCUUGUGCGUGUGUGUUUGUGUGUGUGUGUGUCUGCGGGUUGUAUGUUUCCGAGGGUGUGUGUCUGUGAGUCCACAUCAGGUUCCCUGCCGGGUGCUAGGCUCCGCGUCUUGUGGGUCCAGGCCUCGGUUGUGGGUUUGGGGGAGGGGAGUUCGCCGCUCCCUCUGUCCAUGUCAACUGGGGGGGUCCUCGGCGGUCCUUGCGGGAGAUGGCCAUGUCUUCCUCUUCCCGGUGGCUAGGGGGGAUGGGCACCCGGGAGGUGGACAGAUGGAAGGAUGAGAGGCCGAGGGAUGGACAGAUGGGCCCGGGGGUGGGGGUGGGGGGCGAAGACCUGGGCCUUUCUCACCCACCCACCCUAACUCCCCACUGGCCAGAUAUCCGAAGAUGGGGCCAGAGUUGCCUGUGUCCUGAUGGCCAGGCUGGGGGACCUCUGGGGUUGCUGGUGGGAGGAUCUCCUUGGAACAGUGCUUUGGGACUCAACCCCCCAAUCCUCUGAGAUUCCACCUGAUGAACUUUGACCUCUGGCUCUGGCUCCAGCCCUGAUUGGGGGAGGGGGAUCAUAAUGUGCUGGGAAGCAUAGAAGGAUUUUUGUGGCCUGCAAGUAGGUGGGGCAAGGUACCUUAGUACCGGGAGGAAUGUAUGUCCAUGACUGUGAGCGAGUGUGACUCUGGGCCUGUCUGUUGACUGUGCUACUGUGGUUCAGUAUUAUGUGUGCAUUUAUAAGUGUGUAAAUCCCUCAUGGGACAACAUGUUGUGUAUGUGGCACCUACUAGUGAGCAUCUUGUGUCUGCAAAGGUAGAUCUUUGUGUGUGUUUGUCCCAGGGUUUCUCAGCUUUGUGAGUGUCUGUGUGUGUUUGUGGUUCUGUGUACGAGUGUGUAGCAGCUAGUGUAUACAUGUGUGUAUUGUAUUAUCUUGGUGUGGGAAUAUAUCAGCUUUAUGACUGCCGCAUGGAAAUGAGAAGUUCCAUGAGUGUCCCUGGGCAUGUAAGCAUGUGUACCUGUGUAUUGUUGGCUGUGCAGAUGUGUAUCUGUUAUAUGUGUGUGUUCCAGCAUGUUGGUGAGUGUGCAAGGUAUAUCUGUUCUAAAUGCAGGUACCUGGUUGUCUGUUAGGGGGCACAUGGGUUUCUCGGUCGUGUCUGUGCAUCUGUGAGUGUGUGUGUGUAAAAGAAAGUCAGUGUUGUAUGUUGUUGUACAUAUCAACCUGGAGGAUGUGUGUGUGUUUACGUUGUGAGUCCAUUUUUGCUUCAGUGUUGGUCUCUGGGAGCAGGGUUAUGUGUUUUCAAACAUGUGCAGGCCACAUGUGCCUGUGCCCCGGUACAAAGCUGACCCCACUUCUGGGCCAGUGGGUUUGGGGCUACGGUACUGGCGCAGUCCCUGACUCCCUGAAGAGAGAUGAAGAAACCGAGAUUCAGAGGGGUUCAGACACUUGCCCGAGGUCACACAGCUAGUCUCACUGCCCACUCCUGCCUUCCCACUGCACCAUGGCUCCGGGCCCCUUUGCCUCGGUGCUCCUCUCGCCGACACCUGCUGCCCUGCCCUUCCUGCUGCUGCUCUGGGCCGGGGCAUCUCGCAGUCAGCCGUGUCCGGGCCGCUGCAUCUGCCAGAACGUGGCGCCCACGCUGACCAUGCUGUGCGCUAAGACCGGCUUGCUCUUCGUGCCGCCGGCCAUCGACAGGCGCGUGGUGGAGCUGCGGCUCACCGACAACUUCAUCGCUGCUGUGCGCCGCCGAGACUUUGCCAACAUGACCAGCCUGGUGCAUCUCACUCUCUCCCGGAACACCAUCGGCCAGGUGGCACCCGGAGCCUUCGCAGACCUCCGCGCCCUCCGCGCCCUGCACCUCGACAGCAACCGUCUGGCUGAGGUGCGCGGUGACCAGCUUCGCGGCCUGGGCAACCUCCGCCACCUGAUCCUUGGCAACAACCAGAUCCGCAAGGUGGAGCCCGCCGCCUUUGACGCCUUCCUGUCCACCGUGGAGGACCUGGAUCUGUCCUACAAUAACUUGGAGGCCCUGCCGUGGGAGGCGGUGGGCCAGAUGGUGAACCUCAACACACUCACGCUGGACCACAAUCUCAUCGACCACAUCGCCGAGGGGACCUUCGUGCAGCUGCACAAGCUGGUGCGCCUGGACAUGACCUCCAACCGCCUGCACAAACUCCCGCCUGACGGGCUCUUCCUGAGGUCCCAGGGUGGUGGACCCAAGCCACCCACUCCGCUGACUGUCAGCUUCGGCGGAAACCCACUGCACUGCAACUGUGAGCUGCUCUGGCUGCGGCGGCUGACCCGGGAGGACGACCUGGAGACCUGCGCCACCCCAGAGCACCUCACUGACCGUUACUUCUGGUCCAUCCCCGAGGAGGAGUUCCUGUGUGAACCCCCGCUGAUCACGCGGCAGGCAGGAGGCCGGGCCCUGGUGGUAGAGGGCCAGGCGGUCAGCUUGCGCUGCCGGGCGGUGGGGGACCCUGAACCCGUGGUGCAUUGGGUGGCACCUGAUGGGCGGCUGCUGGGAAACUCCAGCCGGACCCGCGUCCGGGGGGAUGGGACACUGGAUGUGACCAUUACCACCCUGCGGGAUAGUGGCACUUUCACUUGCAUUGCUUCCAAUGCUGCGGGGGAAGCCACGGCGCCCGUGGAGGUGUGCGUAGUACCUUUGCCACUGAUGGCGCCCCCACCAGCUGCCCCGCCGCCUCUCACUGAGCCCGGCUCCUCUGACAUCGCCACACCAGGUAGACCUGGUGCCAACGAUUCCACUGCUGAGCGCAGGCUGGUGGCGGCGGAGCUCACCUCCAGCUCAGUGCUUAUCCGCUGGCCCGCUCAGAGGCCGGUGCCUGGCAUCCGCAUGUACCAGGUCCAGUACAACAGCUCGGCGGAUGACUCCCUGGUCUACAGGAUGAUCCCGUCCACCAGCCAGACCUUCCUGGUGAAUGAUCUGGCAGCAGGCCGCGCCUACGACUUGUGCGUUCUGGCAGUCUAUGACGAUGGGGCCACCGCCCUGCCAGCCACAAGAGUGGUGGGCUGCGUGCAGUUCACCACUGCUGGGGAUCCUGCGCCUUGCCGUCCGUUGAGGGCCCAUUUCUUGGGCGGCACCAUGAUCAUCGCCAUCGGGGGCGUCAUUGUCGCCUCAGUCCUCGUUUUUAUUGUUCUGCUCAUGAUUCGCUACAAGGUGUACGGCGACGGGGACAGCCGCCGCGGCAAGGGCACCUCCAGGUCGCCCCCGAGGGUCAGCCACGUGUGCUCCCAGACCAAUGGCGCUGGCGCGCAACCAGCUGCUCAGCCCGCGCAGGACCGCUACGAGGCGCUGCGUGAGGUGGCGCCAGGACGCGAGGUGACCGUGCCAGCUGCUGCUGCCGUCGCCGUCGAGGCCAAGGCCACUGCGGCCGAGGCAACUUCCAUGGAACCAGAGGUGGUGCUGGGACGCUCGCUGGGCGGCUCAGCCACCUCGCUGUGCCUGCUGCCAUCCGAGGAAACUUCUGGGGAGGAGUCUCGAGCAGUGACAGGGCCUCGGAGGAGCCGUUCUGGGGCUCUGGGGCCGCCAGCGUCAGCGCCCCCGACUCUAGCUCUGGUUCCCGGGGGAGCCUCGGCCCGCCCCAGGCCGCAGCAGCGCUACUCCUUCGACGGGGACUACGGGGCGCUCUUCCAGAGCCACAGUUACCCGCGCCGCGCCCGGCGGACAAAGCGCCACCGUUCCACGCCGCACCUGGACGGGGCCGGAGGGGGCGCGGCCGGGGAGGAUGGAGACCUGGGGCUGGCCUCCGCCAGGGCGCGCCUGGCCUUUACCAGCACCGAGUGGAUGUUGGAGAGUACCGUGUGAGCCAGGGGGCGGGCGCCGGGAUGCCUGGGGGCCGCGGACCAACGCCCAGCCGCCUGGCCGCCAGGGUGGACCAGGGAAGUGUGCGCAGAGACGCGCCCAGCUCCUCCGGGAGGGGCGCCCACCCCAGGCUCGAGGCCACGCCCCCGCGCAGGGGCUUGGCCGGGGCCAUCUCCUGCCCCGCCCCGCCUCCUGCCCCUCCCCCCCGCGCGCUCUCGGACCUCGCUGGAGCCGGUGCCUUACACAGCGAAGCGCGGGGAGGGGCAGGGCCCCCCCCUCGACACUGCAGCACUGAGACACGAGCCCCUCCCCUAGCCCGGGACCCGGGGCAGGGGCGAGGGGCCCAUUUCUUGUAUCUGGCUGGACUAGAUCCUAUUCUGUCCCGCGGCGGCCUCCAAAGCCCCACCUCACCCCACUCACCUCCCUGGUCCCGUUGGGUCUGGCUUGGGGUCUUCCUCUUUUCCCCUCGUCUGUCUCUGUCUCGCCCUCUGUCUCAUGUCUCUGUCUGGCCCUACUUGUCUCUCCUUUCUGUGCCCCGUUGUCGUCUGCUCUCCCUGUGCCCUCCGGGGUUCGACCCAGUCUUCCCGUCUCUCCAGAUCUCCUCUCCUCGCUCCCCGCUCUCCCGGGCAGGUCCCACAGAAUGGACCAGACUCUCUCCUAUGCCUUCCUCGUUCCCCCAAUGAAUCCCACAUGAACAAAAUCCAAAACCAAAUCCCCCUCCCUACCGGAGCCGGAACCCUCCGCCGCAGCAGAAUUAAACUUUUUUUCUGUGUCCGAGGCCGCUCUGCUGA